UUGCAUUCAAAGCACAAGAACUAUAAUAUUUUGUAGAAAAUUUUAUAGUAAUUUAUUCCUAUAGUAGUUAUAAUGAAUAUUCUUCUAAACUUAUGUCUAUUUGUCUUGUUUUCAUCGCUGGAUUCAGCGACAGUAAACAGGAGUAAUGGCCAAUACAAAGUGGUUUGUUACUGGGGCUCGUGGUCAUACUACAGGCCUAAUGCCGGACAGUUCCAACCGGCAAACAUGGACCCAAAUCUAUGUACUCACAUGAUGUACGGGUUCGCCAAACUCAACGAGUUCACCAAUAAGAUCGAGGUGUUUGAGGCCGACCUGGACUUAGGCGAUGAGGACUGGAACAGCGGUCUUCCCUGGGGUCGAGGAAUGUACCGACACUUCAAUAAUUUGCGGACAAAGAACCCGAACCUCAAGACAAUGAUAUCGAUCGGCGGCUGGAAUGAGGGUUCGGACAAGUAUUCAAAGAUGGUCUCCAACCCGGAGUCGCGGCGAGUGUUUGUUCAGUCAUGCCUUGACUUCCUUCUGGAGCACAAGUUUGACGGCUUGGAUCUCGACUGGGAAUAUCCAGUAACCACAGCAGUGGGAGGUGUGGACCGAUUGCCGGGAAACGCGGCCGACAAAGACAACUUCAUAUCAUUGGUGCGCGAAUUACACGCCGUACUUAAGCCGAGGGGCUAUUUGUUGGCGGCGGCCGUGUCUGCCGGCGCGCCCACCGCUGGCCGCGGAUAUCUCGUCAAAGAAUUGAGCGAUUUAUUAGAUUUCAUAAAUCUAAUGACUUAUGAUUUUAACGGCGGUUGGGAUAAGAGAACAGCCCACAACGCGCCCCUAUACCCCUGGGCCAAUGCCAACGAACAGGACACUAUGUUCACCGUCUCAUAUGGUGUUGACUUUUGGCUCAAUGCCGGAGCCGACCCACAGAAACUGGUAAUGGGACUCCCAUUAUAUGGUCGAUCAUUCAAAUUGGCCAAUCCGGCAAACUUUGGUCUGCAGGCACCGGCUGAAGGCGCCGGCGGUGAUGAGGGACCCUAUACUAGACAAGUGGGAAUUCUAGGAUAUUUGGAGAUUUGCGACAAAUUCCGGACCGAGUCGUGGAGCCGAUACCGCGACGACACACAGAAGAUCCCGUACGCCGUGAGGGGUAACCAAUGGAUCGGUUACGACGACCAGACGAGUCUCACCGAGAAAGUGAAUUUCCUGAAGAGCCGAGGACUGGGCGGCGCCUGUAUUUGGUCCAUAGAUACCGACGACUUUAACGGCGUGUGCGGUGAGGGAAGGUUCCCACUCUUGACCCAGAUUAACAACGCUUUGCGCGGAGGUGUGGCUCCACCCCCGCCACCACCCGAACCAACGGGCGCAACGGUUGGGCCCACAGCACCCCCACAGCCAGGACCGGGUGAUUUUGUGUGCACCGCUGCCGGCAGUUUCGUGGACCCUAAGGACCCGACCCGUUACUACCAGUGUCUCAGUUUAGGCGGCGGUAAGUUUCAGACGGUUGAGCGCCAGUGCGGACCCGGCACUCAGUUUGACGAGAAGAUUGGUGUUUGCGUUCACUCCUAUUAAAUGAGGAUAAUAUAUGCCCAACAAAAUGAAGCCCUUGUUAUCAAAUUUGAGAUGAAUUAUGUUUAAUGUUAUGUAAAAAUGGUUUUGUUUGCAAUACUUGUCCCGAAUUCACUGCAUUUUGUUUAUCUAGUCAAAACAACUUAUAAAUAAAAAUACAAUUUUACAAAAAAAAA